GAAGCCAAAAAAAAGCAAUAGAGAGAAAAUGGUAGCGAUAUCACUAUACAGAGGAAACCUCCACAAAGCCCCCGACGUACCUCGUCGAUGGCUAGUCCCAACCCCCAAAAUCUCUCUCAAAAACUUCAAAAUCCUCCUCCACCGACGUGCCGAAGCCCUCUCUCGCCUCCGCUCCACCUCUUCCUCUUACCCUAACCCUAACCCUAACCCUAGCCCUAAUGUGAAACAAGAGGAAGAUUUGAAACCUAUUGGGAAUUCAAGUAGAGAGCCUCCAAUUCCUGAACCGUGCCCUCCGUUGAGAACUGAAGAGAUUGUUAAAGAGGAGAAGGGAUUGGAGGUAAAGGAGGAGAAGGGAUUGGACUGUGGUGAUUGUGAAGCGAAACCGGUUGGUGGGUCUGAGCCGUUGGUUGAGGAUAAGCAUGUCGUUGUGGAAAACAAGACCAAACCGGCGGAGGAACAUGGGAAUUCAGAGGACGUGAAAGCAGAGGCUCCGGUGAAUCCUAGCUCGGAGACAAACAAGAAAGGGGAUGCAUUAAACGAUAAAGAGAAAAGGAAAAGGGAGAUUGAGGACAAGUUGCAAAUUUUAAAUGAAAAAAAGCACAAUUUGGUACAAAUGCUGAAACAGAUACUGAAUGCAGAAGAGGAAUUGAAGAGACGAAGUAGUGUGCAAGGAAUGGCAGUUCGGCCACCUGUUCCUCUGCUAGUGGAUGUUACAAAUGACUCUGGAUCAAUGUCUAGACAUGCCACUUCUAAAAUGGGUUCAGAAGCGAACCUUGGUGAUAUGGAAGUGGGAGAAGCUGAUGAUAUUUCUAACCAUAACAUGUAUUCUCGAAAUUUGCUUCGAAUGAGCAGUAUAUCGCCAUCCUCAGAUUCUCCUUAUAGGAGACCAGCCUAUAAUAUGCUUCCACACCCUUCACGCACAGCUUUUGCAGUUGCUGGUAGUCCAUCACGCUUUGCACCCCCUGGGCAACAAGGUCACGCAUCAAAUCUACCCACAGUAUCCAUGUCUGGAACAAACUACGUUGCAUCCUCUCCUUCACCAGCGGCAUCAGGUGGCACUUCAGCAUUCCGAGAUGCCCGGCACCCAAGUCCAUGGAAUUAG